AUGUUUAGAUCAGUUUUACGUGUUGCUCCAAGAAGCUUUAAAGUUGCCAGAGUCGGCAGUUCGAUGCCUAUCGCUAAGGCUGCCUUUGCCACUCCAUUCCGUUUUUACUCAGCUUCCUCCUUAAGCAGAGAAGAAAUCACCAAGAGAGUCAUUGAUGUUGUCAGAUCGUUUGACAAGACCGCAGCUGCUAGUGACAUUUCUGCAAACACCACCUUUGCUAAGGAUUUGAACCUUGACUCUUUAGAUACUGUUGAAUUGUUGGUUGCUGUAGAAGAGGAAUUUGACAUUGAAAUCCCAGAUAAGAUUGCUGACGAGCUAACGUCUGUUGGCCAAACCAUUGAGUACAUAGCAUCCAACCCAGAAGUGAGCUAA